AUGGCGGCCCUCGAUCAUGCUAUAACACUUAGCGAUGAAAGGCCAAUGGACCUUCCAUCUAUUCCUUCUAAUCAAGGCACCGAGGCCUUCAAAGACAUUGUCUUUGGAUCAGCCGCCGGAAUGGCCGGAAAGCUGAUCGAAUACCCUUUCGACACGGUGAAGGUUCGAUUACAGUCACAGCCAGAUCACCUUCCUCUUCGAUAUCGGGGGCCAUUGGAUUGCCUUCGGCAGUCUCUCCAAGCCGACGGCAUCGGCGGUCUUUAUCGGGGGAUCAGUGCUCCCCUAACUGGAGCCGCGGUCGAAACAAGCAGCCUAUUUUUCAGCUAUCGCCUUCUUCAAGACGUGCUGAAAGCUUCUGUUUAUUCGCCUCUGGAACCAUUGCCCUUCUCUGCACUCUUGGCAUGUGGUGCUGCGUCUGGGUCGUUCACCUCACUUCUCCUCACUCCCAUCGAACUCAUAAAAUGCAAGAUGCAAGUCCCGGUCGAGUUUACGGGCCAGCCACGCCCUGGCGCCCUGGCGCUUAUCGUUUCUGUCUUCCGGCAUGAUGGUCUGCUUGGGUUCUGGCGGGGCCAGAUGGGUACUUUCAUCCGUGAGACAGGCGGUGGCGCAGCCUGGUUUGGAGGGUAUGAAGGCGUCUCUGCUCUCUUCCGCAAGUACUCGGCUUCGUCGGCGCAAGAUGGGCUGGAACAGGAAGCACUCCCAAUCUAUCAAAGAAUGAUUGCCGGUGCUGCCGCUGGAGUCAGCUACAACUUCCUGUUCUACCCGGCAGACACAAUCAAGUCUCGCAUGCAGACCGAGGACAUUCUCCUUACCGCCGCUCGUGGACAGCGCCAGACUUUCUGGAUGGUGGCAAGGUCCUUAUGGAGACAACAAGGCCUGAAAGGACUAUAUCGAGGAUGCGGCAUUACCGUCGCACGGUCUGCGCCCAGCUCUGCUUUCAUCUUCUCCAUCUAUGAAUCACUACGACAAUAUUUUGGAUGA